CCGUCUCCCCCGCGCCCGGCCCGGGCUGGACAUGGCCUCGCCAACUGUGGCAGCAGCCGGCAAGACCCUCAGCCGGACCUCGCCGUUUCUCCUCCGGCGCGGCUACCAGACGGAGAGGGGCGUCUACGGAUACCGGCCGAGGAAGCCGGCGCGCGGCGAGCCCGGGGGCGGCCUGGCGCGUCGCUCAGUUGAUCAUGGCCUUGCCAGGUUGGUGACAGUAUAUUGUGAGCAUGGCCACAAAGCAGCACAAAUCAAUCCCCUCUUCCCUGGACAAGCCCUGCUGGACACUGUGCCUGAAAUCCAAGCCCUUGUGCAGACUCUGCAGGGACCCUUCACUACCACAGGAUUGUUGAACAUGGGCAAGGAAGAAGCUUCUCUUGAGGAAGUAUUAACCUAUUUGAACCACAUCUACUGUGGGCCAGUAUCUAUUGAAACGGCCCAACUUCAGAGCCAGGAGGAGAAAGACUGGUUUGCCAGACGGUUUGAGGAGCUGAAAAAGGAGAUAUUUACCACAGAAGAGCGAAAACAUUUGUCAAAACUAUUGCUAGAAUCUCAGGAGUUUGACCACUUUUUGGCCACCAAAUUUGCCACCGUGAAGCGAUAUGGAGGCGAAGGGGCUGAAAGCAUGAUGGGCUUUUUCCACGAGGUGUUAAAAAUGUCAGCCUACAGUGGAAUAACUGACGUCAUCAUUGGGAUGCCCCAUAGAGGGAGGCUGAAUUUACUGACAGGCCUUCUGCAGUUACCUCCAGAGCUGAUGUUUCGUAAAAUGCGAGGCUUAAGUGAAUUUCCAGAAAAUGUCUCAGCCAUUGGAGAUGUCCUGUCUCACCUGACUUCCUCUGUGGACCUGGACUUUGGUGCCCACCAUCCCCUCCAUGUGACAAUGCUGCCUAAUCCCUCCCACCUGGAGGCUGUGAACCCUGUGGCCGCUGGGAAAACUCGUGGCAGGCAGCAGUCUCGUCAAGAUGGUGACUACUCUGCAGACGGCUCUGCUCAGCCUGGGGACAAAGUCAUUUGCUUACAGGUCCAUGGUGAUGCUUCUUUCUGCGGUCAAGGGAUCGUUCUUGAGACCUUCACACUCUCUAAUCUCCCACACUUCAGAAUUGGUGGGAGUAUCCAUUUGAUUGUUAAUAACCAGCUGGGUUACACCACUCCAGCAGAAAGAGGAAGGUCUUCCUUAUAUAGCAGCGACAUUGGGAAGCUUGUGGGAUGUGCCAUCAUCCAUGUCAAUGGAGACAAGCCAGAGGAAGUGGUCCGGGCCACACGAUUGGCCUUUGAAUAUCAACGCCAAUUCCGCAAGGAUGUAAUUAUUGAUUUAGUAUGCUAUAGGCAGUGGGGUCACAAUGAGCUGGAUGAGCCUUUUUUCACCAAUCCAGUUAUGUACAAAAUCAUCAGAUCCCGAAAGAGCAUCCCAGAUGCCUAUACAGAACACCUCAUUGCCAGUGGUCUUAUGACUCCAGAGGAGGUGUCUGAGAUAAAAGCCUCCUACUAUGCUAAGUUAAAUGACCACCUAAGCAAUGUGGCCCACUACAGCCCUCCUGCCACUAACCUGCAGGCCCGAUGGCAAGGCCUGGUUCAGCCGGAAGCAUGUAUCACCACCUGGAAUACAGGCAUGCCCCUCGACCUGCUGAGGUUUAUUGGCAUGAAGUCUGUGGAGGUACCGAAGGAACUGCAGGUGCACGGCCACCUUCUAAAGAUGUAUGUUCAGUCCAGAAUGGAGAAAGUGGUGAGCGGCACAAAUUUAGACUGGGCCACAGCAGAAACCCUUGCCUUGGGAUCCUUACUUGUUCAAGGUUUCAAUGUCCGUCUGAGCGGUCAAGAUGUUGGCCGUGGAACUUUCAGUCAAAGGCAUGCGAUGGUAGUUUGUCAGGAGACUGGUGAUGCCUAUAUUCCUCUGAACCACAUGGAUCCCAAUCAGAAGGGCUUUCUGGAGGUCAGCAACAGCCCUCUGUCUGAAGAGGCUGUCCUGGGAUUCGAAUAUGGGAUGAGCAUCGAGAGCCCGAAGUUACUGCCCCUCUGGGAGGCUCAGUUUGGUGAUUUCUUCAACGGAGCCCAAAUCAUCUUUGACACAUUCAUCUCUGGAGGGGAGGCCAAGUGGCUCCUGCAGAGUGGCAUUGUCAUCCUCCUUCCACACGGCUAUGAUGGGGCUGGGCCUGACCACUCAUCCUGUCGAAUAGAGCGGUUCUUGCAGAUGUGUGACAGCUCAGAAGAGGGCGUGGAUGGCGACACAGUGAACAUGUUCGUGGUGCACCCAACCACCCCUGCGCAAUACUUCCACCUACUGAGAAGACAGAUGGUCCGGAACUUCAGAAAACCCCUCAUUGUUGCUUCUCCCAAGAUGUUGCUCAGGUAUCCUGCAGCUGUGUCAACUCUUCAAGAAAUGGCGCCAGGAACAACAUUCAAAGCAGUCAUUGGCGAUUCAUCAGUAGAUCCAAAAAAUGUUAAGACCCUCAUAUUUUGCUGUGGCAAGCAUUUUUAUGCCCUGCUGAAGCAGAGAGAAUCUUUGGGGGCCAAGAAGCAUGACUUUGCCAUCAUUCGAAUAGAGGAGCUAUGCCCUUUCCCACUGGAUUCAUUACAACAAGAGAUGAGCAAAUAUAAACAUGUUAAAGAUGUCAUUUGGAGUCAGGAGGAACCCCAGAAUAUGGGUCCAUGGUGUUUCAUUUAUCCAAGGUUUGAAAAGCAACUGGCCUGCAAGCUUCGUCUUGUGAGCCGACCGCCCUUGCCAGCACCUGCGGUGGGAAUCGGCUCAGUGCACCUGCGGCAGCACGACGACGUCCUCACCACGACCUUCGCUACCUGAUGACCUCUGAGCACAGGGCUUCCUCCACGGGAGGCCCUGGGGAGAAAGGCCUGCCUCCUCUUCUCUCUCCUCUUUCCCUCAAGGUGAACGUGUAUGUUCCUGUGAAACUCUGGAAUUAAUAUGAACAAUUUAAUCUGUUAUUGGUGGAAUAAAUAAGGAAACUGCUUAUAAAUACAUGAAUCAGAUGAGUAGAUAUUAA